UCUCUCUCCUCAGGUAGCCCGGACCGGACUGAGCACCAACACCUUCUGGUAUCAGGUGUGAACCGGAGAGGACCAGAGCAGCACACGAACACAUAAGCAGAACUGAUCCGUCGAUGAUGAGCGGCAUCAGGGGAGGGCGAGUGAAAAUGCAAAGGACGCUGAUGCUGAUGAUUCUGGUGGGAGUCAACGGUUUGAGUCACGCUGCCAUUCAGAGACCUGAUUAUGAUGACACGCCCAACCCGGAGUUCCUCAACCCGUCCUGGAUGGCCAGCAUCCCGGAUGACCAGCCGCUGUCUGAGGUCACCCUGCCCGGGACCCACAACACCAUGGCCCUGUACGGAGGGGUGUACGCUGAGUGCCAGACCUGGAGCCUGGCCUCCCAGCUUCGAGCAGGCGUCCGCUACCUGGACGUCCGCCUCCGUCACAUCAACGGGAAACUGAAACUCCAUCACGGGGUGUCUUACCAGCGGGGGCACUUUGGCCACGUGCUGCAGGGUGUGGCUGACUUCCUGUGGGAGUAUCCCAGCGAGACAGUGCUGAUGCGUGUGAAGGAGGAGUGCAGUGAGACGUACGACAUCUACGGCGCUGUGGUAGACUACAUCCACCGCUACAUUCACUGGGACCUGCUGUGGCACAGCCGGAUUGUGCCGACCGUGGGAGAGGCCCGGGGGAGACUCAUCGUCCUGCAGGACUUUCCUGGACCAGACCUGGGGGUGCGCUAUGGCUCCAUGGACAUAGCUGAUGACUGGAAGGUACCCACACUCCUGCAUGUGGAGGACAAAUGGCAGAGUGUGUAUCACCACCUGGAGGCUGCUCCUGCAGGAAACCUGGCCCAGAUCUAUCUUACGUACAGCAGUGGAACUGGCGUGUUUGCGUACCCCCGCGCUGUGGCUCUGCGUGUCAACGCACAGCUGUUCGACUACCUGAGUGCCAAGACGGACCAGAAGCAGCGCCUUGGAAUCAUAUGCAUGGACUUCCCUGCUGCUCCUACUAUUCAAAUGAUCAUUGACUUCCAACUGAGAGAGGUCCAAAGACCGGUAUUUUACGCAGCUCAUCACAAACCAAGUUUCAAUUAUAGAAUUUCUUCACGGAGAAAUAAGAUGCUCCAACAUUUCCCAUAACUACUAGC